AUGCCAAUCGCUAAACUAUAGUUUCAAACAUGGCGGAGUGAAAGAGGGAGACGUAUUUUGAACGAACUUUUGGACAGAUUUUCCUAAAACCGUUGAGUUUUGGGGACCUACAUACCCUUCUGGACGACCUCAAAGAGAUCCUCUGUCUACCGAACUCGUAUAAGCAGUUGGGAUUCACCGUUCGGGCGCGAAAAUUCCAACUAAAUUUGUGACGACCACGAGGAAAACAAAACCUCAAAAUGGCCGACGAACUACAGAAGUUGGAGCAUCUUUCCCUGGUGUCUAAGAUCUGUACGGAGUUAGACAACCAUUUAGGGAUCAACGACAAGGAUCUCGCGGAGUUCAUCAUCGACAUAGCAGAAAAGAACAAAACAGAAGAUGCCUUCAAGAAAGCUCUGUCGGAAAACGGAGGGGAAUUUCCUGAAUCCUUUGCCUCAAACUUACUUCGAAUUAUCCAGACCAUGAAGCCAAGUGCCAGACCAAAGGGCGAUGAUGGUAGUGUGAAGAAAAAGAAGAAGAAGCCCAAGACGAAACUUGAGGAGAAGAAGGAGUUGUUUCCCUUCCUGGCAAUGAAGGAUGAACCAGCUCCUCAGAAACUUCUGGAUGACGAGGCAGUUGCAGCCAGCGCCAUGGAUGAACUAGAGGCUCUGCUUGGGAAGGCUAAAGAUACAGAACAAGUCAAAACUGAAGAUAGAAGGGAGAAAGACAGAGACAAAAGGAGACGCCACAGCAGAAGUAGGAGCAGAAGCAGGGAGAGGAAGAAAGAUCGCAAACGUCACCGGUCGCGCUCUCGCAGUCGAGAACGGGACCGGAGACGGAGACAUUCCCGAUCGCGCAGCAGGGACAGGGACAGGCACGACAGGAGGAGGGACAGGGAGGAGAAACCUCGGGAGAAGGAGAGAUACCGGGAGAGAGAGAGGGAUAGAGACAGGGACAAGGGGACGAGUGACAAGUUUGUCACCCAUGCGCCCCCGGCAGAGCCUGUUGUGGGACAUAUCUAUAACGGGAAGAUCACCAACAUCAUGCAGUUUGGCUGUUUUGUACAGCUGGAGGGAUUGCGCAAGAGGUGGGAGGGACUGGUCCAUGUUUCAGAGCUCCGGAGAGAGGGCAGGGUGUCCAACGUUGGUGAUGUGGUGGUCAAGGGUCAGAGGGUAAAGGUCAAGGUCCUGUCCUUCACAGGCACCAAGACCAGCCUGUCCAUGAAGGAUGUAGACCAGGACUCAGGAGAGGACCUAAACCCCAGCCGGAUCCGUGGGGGGGUCGGGGGCGAGGUGUCAGACGACGUGGGUGCCAGGAACCCAGACCGUCCGUCCAACCUGCCGCUCAUCUCCGUACCAGAGGAGGAGAACCAGGGACCUGUCAAGAAGGUCCAGCGGAUCUCAUCGCCGGAGAAGUGGGAGCUCAAACAGAUGGCAGCAGCGAAUGUGCUGAACCCGUGUGACCUGCCGGACUUUGAUGAAGACACGGGCGUCCUGCCGAAAGACGACGACUCUGAUGAAGACAUCGAGAUCGAGAUGAAGGAAGAGGAGCCGGCGUUCUUACAGGGGCGCACCAAACAGAGCAUGGACCUCAGUCCUGUCAGGAUUGUCAAGAACCCUGACGGCUCCCUUGCGCAGGCCGCCAUGAUGCAGAGCGCGUUGUCGAAAGAACGGCGGGAAGUGAAGGCACAACAACGACAGGCGGAGGAGGACUCCAUCCCAGCAGACCUCAACAAGCACUGGGUCGACCCCAUGCCAGAUGUUGAAGGCAGACAGCUGGCCAGUGCCCUGCGAGGCCUGGGUGCCUUCCCACAGGACAUGCCUGACUGGAAGCGAGCUGCCUUCGGAGGGAACAAGGCUUCUUACGGCAAGAAGACUCAGAUGUCCAUCAUAGAACAGAGACAGAGUCUUCCUAUCUACAAACUCAAGGAUGAACUUAUAGAUGCUGUGACUCAGAACCAGAUCCUGAUUGUGAUUGGUGAGACGGGCAGCGGGAAGACGACACAGAUCACACAGUACCUCGCCGAGGCCGGCUUCACGGUCAGGGGGAAGCUGGGAUGUACGCAGCCCCGCCGUGUGGCCGCCAUGUCUGUCGCCAAGAGGGUCUCGGAGGAAUUUGGCUGUCGUUUAGGGCAAGAGGUUGGCUACACCAUCCGUUUUGAAGACGUGACGAGCCCUGAGACGAAGAUUAAGUACAUGACAGACGGUAUGCUGCUGAGGGAGUGUCUGAUAGAUGGAGACCUGUCCCAGUACUCUGUUAUCAUGUUGGACGAGGCUCAUGAGAGAACCAUCAGCACGGAUGUUCUGUUUGGACUCAUGAAAAAGGCCGUGCACAAGCGCCCAGACCUGAAGCUGAUUGUGACGUCAGCCACCCUGGAUGCGGUGAAGUUCUCUCAGUACUUCUUCGAGGGUCCGAUCUUCACGAUCCCCGGGCGGUCCUUCCCGGUGGAGAUCCUGUACACCAAGGAAGCGGAGACGGACUACCUGGACGCUUCCCUCAUCACUGUCAUGCAGAUCCACCUCACUGAGCCGCCAGGUGACAUCCUGGUGUUCCUGACGGGUCAGGAGGAGAUUGACACUGCGUGUGAGAUCCUGUUUGAGCGGAUGAAGACCCUCGGGCCGGAGGUUCCAGAACUGAUCAUCCUGCCGGUAUACUCCGCCCUCCCCAGCGAGAUGCAGACCAGGAUCUUUGACCCCGCUCCUCCCGGCAGUAGGAAGGUUGUUAUUGCAACCAACAUUGCAGAGACCUCGCUGACCAUUGAUGGUAUUUACUACGUGGUGGACCCUGGGUUUGUCAAACAGAAGGUCUACAACUCCAAAACUGGCAUGGACGCUCUGGUGGUUACACCUAUCUCACAGGCUCAAGCAAAGCAGCGUUCAGGCCGUGCCGGGCGGACGGGGCCGGGGAAGUGUUAUCGGCUGUACACGGAGCGGGCGUACCGGGACGAGAUGCUGCCCACGGCCGUGCCCGAGAUCCAGCGCACCAACCUGGCCAGCACCGUGCUCAACCUCAAGGCCAUGGGCAUCAACGACCUGCUGUCCUUCGACUUCAUGGACUCCCCACCCAUGGAGACCAUGGUGACGGCCAUGGAGCAGCUGCACUACCUCAGCGCACUGGACGACGAGGGACUGCUCACCAGACUGGGCAGAAGGAUGGCAGAGUUUCCAUUGGAGCCCAACCUGUCCAAGAUGUUGAUCAUGUCCGUGCAUCUGGGCUGCAGUGAUGAAGUCUUAACCAUCGUGUCUAUGCUGUCUGUACAGUCAGUCUUCUACAGACCUAAGGACAAACAGGCCCUUGCUGACCAGAAGAAGGCAAAGUUCCACCAGGCGGAGGGUGACCACCUCACCCUGCUGACCGUCUACAACUCCUGGAAGAACAACAAGUUCUCCAAUGCCUGGUGCUACGAGAACUUCGUGCAGGCGCGCUCGCUGCGGCGGGCACAGGACAUCCGCAAACAGAUGCUGGGCAUCAUGGACAGACACAAGCUAGAUGUGGUGUCCUGUGGUAAGGGCACAGUUAAGGUACAGAAGGCCAUCUGUAGUGGUUUCUUCCGGAACGCUGCAAAGAAGGACCCCCAGGAGGGGUACAGAACCCUGGUGGACCAGCAGGUCGUCUACAUCCACCCUUCCAGCGCUCUGUUCAACAGGCAGCCUGACUGGGUUGUGUACCAUGAGUUGGUGCUGACGACUAAGGAGUACAUGCGUGAGGUCACCACCAUCGACCCUCGCUGGCUGGUGGAGUUUGCCGGAGCCUUCUUCAAGUUCUCCGACCCGACCAAACUCAGCAAGCAGAAGAAACAGCAGCGUCUGGAGCCGCUCUACAACAAGUACGAGGAACCCAACGCCUGGAGAAUAUCAAGGGCCUUCCGCAGGAGAUAGACUGUUUAUAAACAUUUCAAUUUGUACAAAAUGUGGCUGUAACAAGUGUUGUAUUUAUCCUGUGUAUCUUGAAAUCUGCGGUAUUCUGGUACCUAAAAUUGGAUUCGUGCACUUCCAGCUAGAUGUUCUUAGUGGUAGACUUUUUUUACAAUCCCUACGAGGCUCAGCCCUGUCUGACACAUCCUUACACUGACUGUUCUGUCACAGUUGUCUGGUUGUUGACUUAUUCCGAAUUCACAAUAACCUCAUGAAAGCGCAUCGCUUAAGCUAUCUUCAUACCAAAAAUCACAACAUCGAAGACAGUAAAAUGUUCAGAGUCUCAAAUGUUUUUGUGUAACCUUUAUUCAAGAAAAAUACUGAACUUUGUUACAACAGUAAGUACAUGUACCAACACCAUGUUACAAUACAACACAUGAUGUAAGUUUUAUCUGUCAAAGGUACUUAGAGUAGGUCUCUUAUCUAACAUAGAAUAUUGUGGACAGAGUACAGUAACAACAGCUAUAUCAGACCUUUAAACUGGCUAUUUGGGAUCUAAAAGAGAAGCCCUUCACAUGUAGUACAAUCACAGACAUUGUAUAGUGACUUCUACAAUAUGAUAAUACAUGUACAAUGCACUUGGGUUGGGUACUAGAUGUACUGUUCAUCUUGGUUAGUAUAUUUGUACAUUAACCAUAUCCAACAUAACCUUGGUGCCAAACAUAUAACUUGAAAGCCAAGUUCAGGUAUGAAUGGCACAUGGGUUGGUGUUUUUAUUUUCCUUGAAUUCAGAUUAAACUGAAAAGUAAAUACACUGAA